CGCCCUCCCCCCCGCGUAGACAUGGCUGCUAGAACUGUAACUGUGUCUUCCUCUGGCGCAUGUUUACCAAGUCUUCCGUGCCCGUUAGCAAGUACCAAGUCUGACUCUUUUCCUUCAUUACGAUGUUAUUCCUCAAUAUUGGGUUAUUUUCCUCUGCAACUGCAACGCAGGAGCACCGUACCCGCAAGAAAAUUUGUAAUCCGAGCCGCAAGAACUGAGUCGAAAAGAGUCUCCCUUGGUUUCAGAGCUCCCCAUUUCGAGCUUCAAGAGCCGCUUACUUUGAAAACGUGGAAAUUGGACGAAUUUGAAUCAUAUCCAGCAUUACUGAAAGGGCUUGCAGUAGUAGCGAUAUCUUCAAACUCUGCUGCAACUCACCCACAGGAUGGACCAGAAUUCAUGGCAGAAGAAGCCAAGUUAUUUAACUAUCCUUUCCCAUAUCUUUAUGAUGAGUCACAAGAUGUUGCAAAAGAUUUUGGAGCUGUUUGCACUCCAGAUUUUUUCCUAUUCAAAAAGGAUGGCCGUAGGCCCUUUGAGCUUGUGUAUCAUGGCCAAUUUGAUGAUUCAAGACCAAGUAAUACUGUUCGAGUCACGGGAAGGGACUUAAGCUUAGCAAUAGACCGUGUUCUCAGUGGCCAACCAGUACCAUCUGUCCAAAAGCCCAGUGUUGGAUGCAGCAUAAAGUGGCAUCCAGAGAGGAAGCUGUAAUUAGUAACUUUGCUUGAGCUUCCCUGAGGCUACAUGCUGCUAUGCCUUCAGUUCACUUCAGUUCUUGGAGUUUGGUUGGCAACGGCCGAUGAUGUAUAUGUUACGUUGUUAUAUUGCAAUUCUUACACAUGUAAUAUGUGAAACUUUGCACAUGUAAUAUCCCUCCUGUAUUCUUGUUCAAAAUGAGGGUUCAACCACAAUAUCUGUGAUUAUUUCACAUUUUUUAACGGUCCUUGUGCAGUGCCCAAUCAUGUAUGAUUGCAAUAUAUAUUGACAUGUAUGGUCCUAGAUGGAGAAGUAAUAAAGAUAAAUGCCAUCGAGUGAAUAUGUAGGUUCUAGGACCUCAAUAUCAUGAGAUAAACUAAAUUACUAGUGAAUGGAAUUUCUCCAUGUGUUUAUAUGUGUUGAAUGAA